UUUGUUCUUGAUGUUUGAGAUUCAUGUCUCCAAUUCUCAGUGAAAUCUUUCUUUCUGGGUUUAUGAUAAAUUCUACAUUCAUUCGCAGGACCCAUCUCGUUCAAUCCUUCUCAGUUGUUUUUCUCUACUGGUUGUAUUACGUUUCAUGAUUUUGGCUUUAAUCUCUGCUACCUAGUCUAUAAUAUAUAAAUAAAAUUACUACUGGUACUACUGCUACUAUCUAUCUGCAUUAUUUUUCUUUAUUAGGGGUGUUUUUAUUGUCUUUUGGGUCCUGCUAUUAUCAUCUCUCUCUUGAUUUACUCUCUCUGCGUUGCAAAAAUUAAAAAAUCUGUCCAAGUUAUCUGCAAUUUCCAUGGCUUCCUCUAGUGGCACAUCUUCGGGGUCAUCAACUUUGCUACAAAACUCAGGGUCUGAGGAGGACCUGCAGGCAUUGAUGGAUGAAAGGAAAAGGAAGAGAA